CAUUAUAUAUGCAACACACAUACAUUAUAGGGUUAAUCAGACCCCUCUUCUUCCAAGAAUUAGGGUUUUAAACUUUACUGUUAAAAAGAACUUAACAAAAAAUGGACAUGAUGAAGAAGAGAAAGCUUGAAGAUAACGGCGUUAUCACCGACGCGAGUGUCCCCGUUUCGGUCUCCGUGCCCGUUACCCUUACAAUUGAAGACGCCCGGAGAAUCCUCGAAUCUGUUACACCUGACCAAAUGCUGGAAAUCUUACAAAACGCCGUCGUUCGUCACGCCGACGUUCUUGAUCAAGUUCGAAUAAUUGCCGAUAGAGAUACAACUCAACGAAAACUCUUCGUUCGUGGACUUGGAUGGGAAACGACAACGGAGAAACUCCGUGGGGUUUUUGGGAAUUACGGGGAGUUAGAAGAAGCUGUCGUCAUCCUUGACAAAGCUACGGGGAAAAGUAAAGGGUAUGGGUUUGUUACGUUUAAGCAUGUUGAUGGGGCGUUGCUUGCUUUGAAGGAACCGAGUAAGAAGAUUGAUGGGAGGAUGACGGUUACGCAACUUGCCAGUGCGGGGAUACAAGGUGGGCCAGGUGGUGGAAGUUCGGGUAAUCCGGUGGAUGUAUCGUUGAGGAAGAUCUAUGUGGCGAAUGUGCCGUAUGAUAUGCAGUCGGAGAGGAUAUUGCAGCAUUUUGCGGUGUAUGGGGAGAUUGAGGAAGGCCCAUUAGGGUUUGAUAAGGCGACGGGGAAAAGUAAAGGAUAUGCUUUGUUUGUGUAUAAGACGGCUGAGGCUGCGAGGGGUGCUGUGGCUGAUCCUGUUAAGAAUAUUGAUGGGCAUUUGGUGAAUUGUAAGUUGGCUAUUGAUGGGAAGAAAAGUAGUAAGCCUGUAGUGGUUGGUCCAGGAGGUCAGGUCGAAGGGCAUGGUGAUCCGAUGGGACCUGGACAAUAUGGUGCGCCAACGCCUAGUGGGAUUACUGGUUAUGGUGGAUUUUCAGGGCAUGGACAUGGUCCUAAUUCGGCGUUGGGUAGUGGAAAUGGUAUUGGUGUAGGUGUGGGUGGUCCUGGUGGUUCAUCUUAUGGGAACCAAUCUGGGAUUGGUGGGUAUGGUUCAGGGAUUGGCGGUGGUCCAUAUGGUGGGGGCUCUCAUUAUGGUGGGCCUGGUUCGGCCGGAUAUGGCGGGUUGGCGAGUAGUGCUACUGGAGUAGGUGGUGGUGGUUAUAGCGGUGCUGGGGCGUUGGGAGGUGCUGGUGGUGGUUUACCCGGUGCUGGUAGUGCAUUAGGUGGUGUUGGCCGUGGACCUUCCAUGUAUGGGCUACCCCCAAGCUCAACUGGGUUGCCCCCGGCUGAUUAUCCACCGCCACAGGGUUCUCAUUACAGUUCUUAUAAUCAACCUCACGCUCUACAAAACCCAGCCCCUGGGGCAUCAGGUGCACCUAGAAUUGCACCUGGGGGUAUGUACCAGGGGAUGCAUUCAUAUUACUGAGGAAUGCUGAAAGCUAUUUUCGAGGAUGUUGGUAUUGCUAAGAAAGGAAUCCCAUAGAUUUCAGCAAUCUUUCCUUGUCUCUCUUAAUUUUUUGGGUCAAAGAAAGGAAAUAACUAGAUAACUAAAAAGACACUUUCAAACAGAAACAGAAGCGGCCAGAACAUAUAAAGAUAUGCUCAAGACACUUUCAAACAGAAACAAAAGUGGCCAGAACAUAUAAGAUAUGCUUAGUGCCUCAGAUGAACAUAGUUGAACAGAGAUGAAAAUAGGCCACAAUGAUCCAGAGUCUUGUGUGGAAUGGGUCGAAAGCUCUUCUGAGUGGUUUUACAAUUUGAUGUUGUUAAUCACACCUUGCAGUUGAAGGAUGGACUCAUACUUACGAUACCCUGUCACUUCGCUACUUUUUUCGUCUUUAAACUGAAGCUUAAGAAUUUAGGUCGUAGAGUCAAACCUGUCCUUUUUUUGUUUAUCAAACAUUUCUUUUUUAGAGGACUGGUGGCAUGGGGAGGACUAUUACGUAAAGUCAGUCUUAAAUUUGUUAGUAACCUUGCAAGUAUGGUAUUUUCAAUAUUACAAUGUUUCUAUUUUUUCAGUCCCUCCGCAUGCCAAACUCAUUUUGCCUUUGCAGGUUGGUUUAUAAAAUUUUUGGCAUGUAGUAAUGUACUUCACAUUUAGUAGAGUGACACAGUUAGAGUGGGAGGGAUAAGGUGGUGAUUAACAGAUUCCCUUUUUCUUUGGGUGGAGAAGUGUCUUCUGUUGAGAAAAGUUAAACACCCUUCAUUACUUUUUGUAGAUGUGUGUGUAUAUUACAUAUAUAUACAUAUAUGAAGUGGUGAUUUCUUGUUAACCUCGUAUUCAUAUUGAAAUGGAAGUGUUUCUUGGUUGAAAAGUUAAAAAGCCUUGUUAUCACUUUUUGGAGGUGUGAGAAUUGGUGAUAUUUGAUUAAAUCUGCAUGCAUAUUGGAAUAUUGAGUGGUGUGUGUGCUUUCUAAAUAAUUUUGAAUUCGAGUUUUAUUGGAAUAUUGAGUGGUGUGUGGGGUUUCUAAAUAAUUUUGAAUUUCGAGUUUCCCAACUUGUUAGGGACUGAGGCUUAGUUGUUGUCCAUGCUUGGGUGCCUGGAUUGAUAUUUAAUUUUGCACCGAGAUCAGAAUUGCCACCGAGUCGUGCAGCUACUAAAGUUUUACAUUGUCAUGAGUUUGUCCAGUGCCAAUUUGUCUUCUUUUAGAUUGUCCAUCAUAAUUCUCCCCUUUUAAGGUAGCCGGGGGUCUAUCGGGAACAACCUCUCUUUGGAGGUAGCGGUAUGGACUGCGUACAUUCUACCCUCCCCAGACCCCACUUUGUGGGAAUACACUGGGUCUGCUGUUGUUGUUGUAAGGUGAGAAUUAUUUGUUUUUAUUUGUCAGGUUCCUCUGUUGUGAGCAGCAGUUAACUAUAGGUCUUUCCUAUGUUUGAAAAUGUGGAUGCUAUACUAAAAAACUGUUUGUUUGUCAAGUACUUAAAUUUCAUACGUUUGUUCACGAUUUUGGCUGAUAUAAGGCGAAAUGAUCAGACCUCCCCCAAAUCAAUUGAGAUUUUGUGUCAGUUACCUUCG